AUGACAACACAAGCUCCAAGUCUCACAACAACCUUCGAACCUGCCAAGUCAUGCUUCCAGUAUUACAAGUACAGAUAUUCAGGCGAUGAUCUCACAUGUCUUUCAGGCGGCACCGGUGCGCCCAGCGUUUGCACCUAUAUGCAAUUGGGUCCUUCAGCAAGCGACGCUGAUUGCUUCCCGAGCAGCUUAGAACUCAGUUCAACAUUUUACUACUCCCCCGGUAUAUGUCCCAGCGGAUUCGAAGUCGCGUGUAGUUCAACAGUCGGCGGUGAGACGAGAGCGACAUGUUGUCCAAGUUCAUUUAGUUGCCAAACAGAAACGGGCUGGCCUUGGUAUAGCACUGAUCUCUGCACCAUCGUGAUUCCGAAGACGGUCCAAGUGAUAGUUUCUGAUUCGCUUGUUGGAGGAGACUGGGAAAGGUCCACUGUCAACGGAGCUGCUGCCAAUGCAAUUGGUAUUCCCAUCCGAUGGCAUUCCUCCGAUUUUGCGUCCACCACGGCUGGUACUACGACUUCUGAAACCGGUAGCACAACUGAAACGAUUUCUUCUUCGACCGCCACUUCUUCCAGUGAUUCUUCGUCGGACAGUGGGGGAUUGAGCACUGGAGCCAAGGCUGGCAUUGGAGCUGGCAUUGGAGUUGUAGUUCUUGCUGGGCUUGCCGCAUUAGGGUGGUUUGUGCUUCGAGCGAGGAGGAAGAAGCAGGAGGCAAACGCUGCAGCUGCAAUGGGGGAAGUGGAGGCUAAAGAACCUCAGAUACAGGUGCAACAGUAUCCAUGGGAGCUUGAUGGUCACGGAACCAUGACCCCGGCGGAGCUGCCAUCCGAACCUGUGAGUCAUGUCACGUAUAAAUGA